GUGUGUGUGUGUGUAUACAUCGAUGCGCAUGCACGUCCAACGUGCAGAGUCUCCUGGGGUAAACAGAGUCUCUGUGAAUAUGUCGCUGCCUUUUCGCAGCCGCAACUAAGCUACAGAAAUCCUCCGCACUGUGCCAACAUGGAGGUACACAUGAAUAUUCCCACUCAGUCUCUCACUCUCACUCACACCCUUGCACACACACAUAUUUUCGACAGACGUACAUGCUGUCUUGUCGCGCAGGCGCACUCAGGCUGAGAGCAGGAGCAGGCACAGACGCACACACACACAUGCAUGCGCCUGCAGCCACACUGCCUGAUUAGCUUGCGAGAGCUGUCUACAGCAUCCAGGGAAAUGGCGCAAGAGGCAGAGCAUUGGAGGAGGAACGGCAGCCUGAAGCGGCAGGAUUAGACCUCUGGCAUUCUGGCCAGCUGAGGCAUGGAUUGACUUGGAGCAGGGGACUGGGCUACGGAGCUAUCAGGAGGCAGCCUGACUGACUGUGGACUGACUGUGUGUUGCUGGGAUCAGUGUGAGACGGCACAGGCGGGCUGAUGCACCGGUAGGACUGGGCCGGGCCUCUGGAUCCGUACCGUGGGGGAGGGGCAGUCGACGCAGGGAGAGGGAGCCUGUUUUUCCAGACCACGGCUCUGGUGUGAUUCUUCAGCCUGACCGUCUGCUACAGGCCUGCUUGCAUCCCUCUCUGUCUCUUUCUCUCUGUCCCUCUCUCAUCCUCUUCAUCCUUGUUUUCCUCUUGCUAUUGUCAUCUGCUUCUCCCUCCCUCCUUCCCCGAUGUUCCUGCUGUCAUCCAAGCUCCCUUUACCACCAUCAUUCGAUACCAUGGUCAUCUCUCCAUCCUGCCGUCACCAUCACUCUGUCCCUCUCACCUCCAUCAUCUAAAUUUUUUAUUACUGUUUGUCAAGCAGCUCUCGCAACAUCAUUUUUUCGUUCACAUCUCUCUCACAUUCCCACUCAUCUCCUCCAUCUGCUCCUCUCUGUGCCCUUCAGACAGUCCCUCGCUCCCUCUCCUUUUCUGUUUCCCUCCAUCUUCCCUCUUUCGGGUUCCCAUCCACCUCUACCCUGCAGUGACUGAAGAUUUGGGUCAGUCUGCUCAGCAAAUGGGAUGAGAUGUAGUCUCCACAGCAGCCGGAUCCAGGGGGCUCCUGGUCUGCCCGUCAGGGGGACCCUCAUCUUCGGACCACACUGAGGCUGGAGCCUGACUCUGGACUGACUGGGUGGCCUGCUCUGGAGUGCUGCAUGUAGGCAAGGACAGUCUGCACCAGCAGCCCCUACCCUCACCCCCUUCCCCCCAUUCCUUCGCCCCCAUCUUGGGGCAGCCGUCACUCUGGAGUUUUCCGGCUUGACUGGCUGUGGCCUGUCCUCACACACCCUGACGACGCCCUCAUGCCACUGGGGCACCCGCAGUGCCCCCUCUCCGCUACACUACCGCACCUCCUGCCUGUGCCAUCGGCCCAAACCCCCUGUCACCCUCAACAUGGGUGUGGUGGAAGCCAUUGACCCGGCGCCAUCCCCCUGCCCCUCGCCUGUACCAGGGGGCUACAGGCUGCCCCGCUCCUCCAGCUACAGCCCCCUGCAGGGGAGGGCAGGGGCAGAGCUGGACCUCGGUGCGGCCGCUGGAGGGGUUCUGGACGGGGGUGGGACGGCAGCGGAGCGCAGGACGCCCUUAGUGGACCUGUUCUGUGAGACCUGCUCCAGGCCCUGGCUCAUUGGAUGGUGGGACCAGUUCAAGAGGAUGUUGAACAGGGAGCUGUCCCAUUUGUCAGAGAUGAGUCGCUCAGGGAACCAGGUGUCAGAAUACAUCUCCACUACCUUUCUAGAUAAGCAGAACGAGGUGGAGAUCCCAUCCCCGACUUUGAGGGAGAGGGAGAAGCCAAUGUGUCACAUCAGUGGUGUGAAGAAGCUCACGCACAGCUCCAGCCUUUCAAACUCCAUCACGCCUCGAUUUGGCGUCAAGACUGAACACGAGGACGCGUUAGCCAGGGAGCUGAACGACUUGAACAAGUGGGGCCUUAAUAUCUUUCAUGUGGCAGAGUUCUCAAAUAACCGACCCCUCAGCUGCAUAAUGUUUGCCAUCUUCCAGGAAAGAGAUCUACUGAAGACCUUUCGGAUCCCCAUCGAUACGUUUGUCACCUAUGUGAUGACCCUGGAGGACCACUACCAUGCCAAUGUGGCCUACCACAACAGCCUCCACGCUGCAGAUGUCACUCAGUCUACUCAUGUACUGCUAUCCACACCGGCUCUAGAUGCUGUGUUCACUGAUUUAGAGAUACUAGCUGCGUUAUUUGCUGCUGCCAUCCACGAUGUGGACCAUCCUGGAGUGUCCAACCAAUUCCUCAUAAACACAAACUCAGAGCUAGCCCUGAUGUACAAUGAUGAGUCUGUGCUUGAGAACCAUCACCUAGCUGUGGGCUUCAAGCUGCUUCACGAGGACAACUGUGACAUCUUCCAGAACCUCAGCAAGAGGCAGAGACAGAGCCUGAGGAAACUUGUAAUUGAUAUGGUUUUGGCAACAGAUAUGUCGAAACACAUGAGUUUGCUGGCAGACCUCAAGACUAUGGUGGAAACCAAGAAAGUGACAAGUUCUGGAGUACUGCUGCUCGACCAUUACACUGAUCGGAUACAGGUGUUGAGGAACAUGGUGCACUGUGCCGACCUGAGCAAUCCAACAAAACCCCUGGCUGUGUAUCGACAAUGGACGGAGAGAAUCAUGGAGGAGUUCUUCAGGCAGGGAGAUAAGGAGAGAGAGCGAGGGAUGGAGAUCAGCCCCAUGUGCGACAAACACACUGCAUCCGUGGAAAAAAGCCAGGUGGGCUUUAUCGACUACAUUGUUCACCCACUGUGGGAGACAUGGGGCGACCUUGUGCACCCUGAUGCCCAGGACAUCUUGGACACUCUGGAGGACAACAGGGACUGGUAUCAGAGCACUAUCCCACAAAGCCCCUCGCCACCUCCCGUGUGUCAGGAUAAGGAACUCAACGCCUGCAUUGACAAGUUUCAGUUUGAGCUCACCCUUGAAGACAGCUCUCAGGCAGAGGAGGGAGAUGAGGGAGACAAGCCUACGCCAAAUCAUGUGGCAAGGGACUGUAGUCAGGGGGAGGAGGAGGAGGAGGAGGAGGAGGGUAAAAAAGAGGAAGAUAUAAUGGCAGAGGAGGAAAACGAGGACAUAAUAGAGGAGGAGGACGAGGUGGCAAUGGAGGAGGAGGAGGUGGAGGAGGAGCUGAAAGCUCACUUGGAGGUGAGAUCCGAAAAGGAGAGACUUUCUGACACAAGUCCUGUAGAGGAAGAGGAGGAUUCUUCUUCACAAGCUGAAGAUACAUGAGUUCCGCUCCUGUAUCUCACUCCUCACUUGCACACAUUAUCUUGUUCAUCCUUUCAAUGGCCAAACCAAGAACAAAUAAGACUGCAAUGACAAUACAGACCUUUAAAUAUAUUUUUCAAAAAGGGAAUAAAUUAAAAUCGCUUACAGAGAAGGUAAUUACACAGCAACUGUAGAUUUGGAGUGGUCACAAGUCCUCCGACUGAUUUCACAACGAACUUUAGACUGAGAGGAAUUAAGGAGAGCAUUAACGACGGGCAACUGAAGACAGCGUAGCACUCUGGGACUGGAAUGCACACACACAAACGCACAUAAAGUGACACACAUUGUAGGAGCAAGUCGUAGAAUACACCAAUUCAGUGUGUGUACGUGCAUGCGCCAGCCAUGCAGUAAAAUUGGAGCGAACCCCCCCUCCUUUCUUGCAAACACGCACACUUGACUGUAUGUUUGUAUGUGUGCAUUUACAUGAGGGACACUGAUCAGUAAUGAAUCUCUUUGGAAAAAGCCAUCUCUUAAUGGAGUAUUAACUAGUCAGUCAGUAUUAGUAAUUCAUGUUCGUUAGAACCUCAACAGAAACUGUUCUCCUCAGAAAAGCUACACAUCCGAGUGACUUUUUUUUUUCCAUUUCUGUCGGAAAGAAAAAUAAGAACAUCCACAGAGUUGGAGGAGGAGAGAGGAAGGUUCCCGGAAGGAAAAAGAAGAUGCUGCGACGAAGGGGCCGCCAGGUCCCAUACCCCAUUUCCCUUUACGAGGAGAGUGCUACUGGUGCAAGAUGGCUCUGUGCCUUUCUGAAACACCAGCUUCCUGAAUGGAGCUGUCGUGAAGCAAUGCAUUGUGGGACAGGAGUGUCUGAUUUUGUUAUCAUUUUUUGAUUGUCUCUUGUUGAAGAUCUCUCUUUACUGUUCAUGGUAUUGUGGUGUGUAUCUCACACGUACAGUUUCUGUGGUGAUAUGUUUUUGAGCUGUAAGUCUUCCUUUUGUUGCUCUUCUGGUAAUAUAAUAACUCAGAACUCUAGAUGCAGAGCAAUCACAACCACCACCACCACAACCGCCAGUGGACUCUUUCCAGCUUAUGGUUUUUUCUUAUUAGAAUGCUUUUUUUAAACUUUCUGAGAAUAAGCCAUGUGAUGCUUUGAAGCAUAAGUUUUGCCUAUUUUCUAUUUAACAGUUGCUAAAUACGUUGAAGGGAUACAGAAUUAUUUCAUCAGCAGAACAAAUUUCCACUCGCCAUCUCACACCCACUUGCACUGUGUGGUUACGUCUCCUCAUACACAAAUGAUUCUCACCAAAGUAAAGGAUGAGAAGCUUCAGUGAGUGAAGUGAUUUAAAGGAACACGGAUGAAUAAGAAAAUCAGGGAGGCAGAUGUCAGGGGAAAGAAGCGUGACUUGGCCAAAAGGUGGUCUGGCAGUCCCUAAUCAUCCUUGUUAUGUUUGAUGCUUUUUUGCCUUAAUGUCUGAUGCAGGAUACAUACCUGCCAGUAUGUAGAUUUAUAAGAUAUAUAAUAGAUAUCCUAGUAUAUUUAUAUCACGUCUGUAUGCUUAUUUCUGUGAGUAUCAGUGUGUCUUUACACAAUGUAUCCAGCAUUGCAUUCGGAGGGGAAAGGGAAACUUUGCUGCCAAUGAGCUGUUAUGUUGUUGCUGUGCUCGGACCAACAUAAAGAAUGUUUUUUUAAUCAGGAGGGUAAAAUGACUAUCUCAUAGACACCUGGGGGCAUGCAGGAGGAAUGAGAAAUGGGAGUUAAGAUUGUGUGGGCGGUGAGAAUGAAUAAGGGUGUCCUUUGUUUGAAUCGGACCAGAUAUUGAUUUGUUGUCAUGAUGGAGUUGACGCGUGCAUGUGUUUGUUUGUGUUUGUUUUGGCUAAUUGUGUGGUCAUGAGUAAGCGAGUGAGUAACAGAAAAGAGAGGGCAGGAUGCUGAAAAUGUUGUCAUAUGUGUCAUUGUUCCCUCACUGGCAUCGCCACAUGUUGUUGAAUGGUGUUAAGGAUUCAAUCAGCACAGCUUAAAUAGGUCACAGUUUGUUUAGGUGUUUGUUUUUCACAGGGUAAAAAAUAAUAAUAAUAAUAAUAAUAAUAAUUAUAAUAAAAGAACAUGAGUGUGGUUCUUUUGAAGGGUAAGAACAAGUUUCUGCAGGUCAGUAACUGAGCUUAUCUGAAGACACCACAGCUUGGUGCAACAGAAGCCUGUGUGUUUGACCUGCUCCGUCGCACCAUGGAGCAGAGCUGCCGGGCCACCACACAGGCUUUCAUAUUGUCGAUGGGAAUCCAGGAUUACUAUUGCAGUUACUUACAUAAAAAGAUUCCCAUAUGCAUCGGCCUUUUACUUUAAAGAUGUUGCUUUGUUUUUGUGGCUUCUUGUUAUGUCAUAAGCUAUAAAAACAUUAAUAUUUAAUUGCCAUACAAACACGAUACUGUAGCAAUUGUUUCUUAUUAAGGAAAUUAUUCAAUUGAUUGAUUGCUGCCAUUCUUUUUAAAUGAUGAAAAGAAAACCAUGGGAAGUGUUUUCUUUGAACAGUUUGUGUACAGUUUAUUUUUAUAUCAUUCUGGUGGAUGGUCUGGAAAAUGAAUCACGUGUUGAUGAUAUAGCUAUAAGCAUUACCAUUCUUGUAUAUAAUGUAAUAUUGGAUUGUAAAUUAUAAAUUUAUCCAAGUCAUAAUGAUUGACGAAUAACCACUUAAGGUUGUUAAGUGAACCACUAAAGCACUGCAGGCCAUAUCCUCACCUUUUUCAUUCUCUGGUUAUGUUUUCGCUCACUUGUACUAACAUGUUUUUUAAUUGUCCACAUUUAUUGUUAAAAAAUCAAAUUUGUACCAGCACUUUAUUUCGUCAGGUUUCGGGGCAGACAGUGGGUUUCAGGUAGUGUACAAUCUGUGCUGGUGGUUUGGUCAUUGGCGGUCACCUGUUGAUUAAAUUCCAUUGGGCCAAAUCACAAACCGUCAUCGUGCAGUCGUCAAUGUUAACCCCUUUUCUAGAGGCAUAAUCAAACAAAGAAGUCAUUCUCUAUUAAUAGUCCAUGUGAGAUUGAAGUAAUUUGACCGAAAAGUCAAAUGUAGGCUGAUGAUGUCACAUUGGAUGUGACACGAUCAAAGGAAAUAAAUGUGUCCUUAUCAAACGUGGCCAUUUAUAGUCCUAUCACCACCUCUAUUUCUUAGUAACUUUAAUCACUAGCCUGAUAGCCUAAAUGUCCGUCCAGUGGUGGCCUAACUAGCUGGUUGCUGUCAGGUUAUUUUGUCGCAGACUGACUCCCUCUGUGAAUAAUACUCUGGGCUUUAAUUCAUGUGUUUGUUCACAAGUAAGAAAGAUUAUUCAAGAGGAAAAAAACAACAUGAAAUGAUUGUAAUAUUUGUAAAUGAUCUUGCUGUAAUGUGUAAAAUGUGUCCAAGUUAUUUUUUAUUAUAUUAUUUUUAUGAAAGUUUUUCCUCUUAACAGAGCUGAGGUGUCAUUUUGUGAAUAAAUGCAUUUAAUAAGCAAACAUCUAUAUAUAAAACAAUAUUAUAGUAUAUCAGUAUAUUUUUCUUUUAUUUCACUGUUCGGUACUGUAAAGUGUGUUAAAAAUACAAAUAAAGUAAGAUUUUUAUAUUAAAUGCAA